AGGCUGCUGGUGGGAUGCAGACUCCCAGCCUCGCCCUCCUCCUGCUCCUGCUGGGGUCCCCGGGCCGAGGAACCACGGCAACGGAGGUGAAGGGGACCAGCCCUGUGAGCAGCUGGUGUGGAAACACCAACCGUAGUGCCUCCAAUCCUGUGGACCAUAUAGUCGGAUUCUCAGGGGAGCCCAUCUGGGUGCAUCCCCCCAUCCCCACGACAGGGGCAGAUGGGGUGAAAUGGGAAGUGAUGCUCUCCAGAGAUUGUCAGCAGCGGAGGCUCGUGACGUGGAGCCAUUCUGACCUCCGCUGCGACAACUGGACUCAGUCGCACUUCAAGGACAGGUUGGAUGUCCUGGCCCAGAACUUUUCGAUUCUCUUGAAGACCGCACUGCCCCAGGACAGUGGCCUGUACUGCCUGGAGGUGACCAACAAGAAAGGGGAGCCCAACAAGAGUAAUGUGUUCGUCACGGUGAGGGACCGAGUGAGGCAGCCCCAGCUGGGGGUCCAGUCCAUUGUCCCGAACGCAUCAUGGUGCCACCUUGUCCUCAACUGCUCAGUCCCGGGGGCCAACACUGUGAACCUCACGUGGUACAGAGAUGAGUCACAGCUGCGCUGGGACCCCGGGCCCCACACCCACCUGCGACAGGACGUGGAGGCCAACAGCACCCACGUCUAUAUCUGCAACGCCAGCGACGCCUACAGCUGGGCCCACAGCACCUUCUUCCUGAGCCCCGGCUGUGCGGCCCCUCAGGACACACACACACAGCCUAGCCUUUCCCUCUGGCUGUACCUGGGGGUCCCCCUGCUCGUGCUGAUCCUGAGCGUCCUCACGGGUGUCGCGGGUGUUGCGCUGUGGAGGAGGGGGCGGGGCCACUCAGGUGCCAAGGAGGAGAGUGGGGAGCAGAGCCCGCCGGGGCCCGCCUGUGCUCAGCCCCCCUGGGGUCCUCCAACUCCACGGGACGCCCUUUCCUCCCUGGACCAGGAGCACAGCCUCCCUGAGGAAGGGAGCACCGUGUAUUCCAAGGUUCAGAGCCGGAACCGGAACCAGCGCCAGAACCAGAACCAGGUCUCUGCGUCUACACCGCAGGACAGUGAGUGCACGACGCUGUACGCACUGGUGCAGCCAUCCCAGAAGCGCCCCCAGGGAAGGACUCCGGGGACGCCGCCCAGCUGCACCAUCUACCAAGAGGUCGGGAGGGGGCCGCCCCGAGCCCAGAACCAGGCUCGGCUGAGCCGGAAGGAGCUGCGGAACUUUGAGGUGUACUGCUAGGCGCGGCCGCUGGCCGGUCUGCACCCCUGGGGGGGGCUCAGGCGCCUUUCUGGCAGGACUGGGGGACUGGGGCUCCCAUCCUCCCCACAGGCUCCCCGCACCUCUGACCUGUACCUGGUCCCAGCAGAUGGCACUGAGGGGGAUGCUCACAGUCCCCCAGAGCAGGGAGGAGAGGACAUGGCGGGCGUCCAGUCCCCACGUCUGGGAGACUCUCUGGACCCUGGGGGGGGGUCUCUGCCUGGCCACGGACCCUGCUGUCCCGGGGCUGAGGAGACACCAGCGUCAGCCUGGCACUGCGGGCCGUGGCCUCUACCCCUCCCCCUGUUUGUUUGUUUGUUUGUUUGGGUCACACCCGGCGAUGCACAGGGGUUCCUCCUGGCUCUGCACUCAAGAAUCACUCCUGGCAGUGCUCGGGGACCCUAUGGGAUGCUGGGAAUCGAACCCGGGGUCAGCUGUGUGCAAGGCAAACGCCCUCCCCGUGUCCUAUG